AUGAACGCCUUUCAACGUGUUUUUAUCAUCAUCAUUUCAUUCGGAUUUUUUUACUUUAUUACUUACUUACUGUUAGCAACAAAACCACCAAACGACGAUAUAACAAUAAUUUUAAAGAAAAAUCGACAAACUUUAAGAAACCUCUUUGAUUUAACCAUCAAAAACAACUCGAUUUUCUUCUUAGAGACGUCUUUUAAGGAUUUCGAACACGAAGUGGUCACGAUAAAUCGUCGGGCGUCUUGCGCGUUUGAAUCGGCAGCUUUAUAUCAUCGAAAUCGAUCGAUUUAUUACAUUUACGUGUUUCCAAAUGACAUCAAAACGAUUUAUAUUCAAGACAAAUAUUUGAAUACGGUUUUAACAUACGAAAAUGUUCAUGUUGUUUAUGCGAAAAUUGAGGAUUUGGUUAGAAAUACGGAAAUUGAGGGGUUAUUUAAAAAGCAUUUAAUUGAAACUUCGGAUUAUUUCGUCGAACAUUUCAGUGAUGCGUUUCGUGUGAUCGUUUUAAUGAAGUUUGGUGGGAUUUAUAUGGAUAGUGAUGUGAUUGUAUUGAAAUCUUUGGAUGAUUUGGGGGGGAAUUUUAUUGGGAAAGAAUUUGAAACAGGUUUGGCUGGGGGAAUUAUCGGUUUUGAUGGGAACAGCAUCGAUUUAUUGAAUCGAAUUUUAAGGGAUUUUAAUGAACAUUAUAACCCGAAAUCGUGGACGGGACAUGGUCCUUUUCUAUUUACUAAGUGGGUGAAAAAGUUGUGUAAUGCAACGCGAAAUUUCCUUUACCACAAAUGUGAUCAUUUAAAAAUUCUUCCCACGAAUUUAUUUUACCCGAUUUUUUAUGGUAGUUGGGAAGAUUUAUUUGAUCCGGAAUACCUCGAUGAAGUUCUUAAUAAGGCCAAGAAUAGCUAUCUAAUUCAUUUUUGGAAUAAAUUAUCGUACGAUUUAAUAAUUGACAGUGAUUCGAAUGCUGCUUAUACAGUUUUAGCGAAAAAACAUUGUCCGAAAACUUUUUCGAAAUUAAAUAAAUUAUUUUAAUUUUU